CACCCCUCCGCAGCGCACGCCCAGUUGCUCCUCCAGCUGCUCAGGGCGUGGAGCAUUUCGCACGCAGGGCCCACUCGCGAGGCUUUGCCCUCCUGAACCACUUCCCGGCUGGCGCCCGAACUCUUCUGACCCGAUGCUCCGACCCCCGGCUUUUCCUCUGCCGGGCCGUUCCCGGCCGAGAGGGCCAGGGAGGGGCCAGCAGUGAGGUGCCAGGGCCGGGCUCCGAGGCCGCCGGGGCGGGCGGGGGCCCCGUGCCCGGACCCAGUGGCACGCCUAGGCCCGGCGCCUCUUCGCUGCCCCGGGCGGUGGCUGCGGGCACGGAGGGCCGCCGACAGCCUCGUGUCGGGAUGUGGGUUGGCACCUGCCCCGGCACCGUUAUAAUCAACAAUCUGCGCGGUGGCCUCAUUGCCACUCUGCGUGCGAUUCCUGCCACGUCUAUAGACUGCCACAGUGCUGUCAGUACAGGCGUGCAGGACUCGUUACGGCCCCAAAGCAUCUUUGGUGCCGUGUCAGAACGCAGUUGCACCGGAGGUGGUUGAGACAUUUUGCAAAAAGUUAUAUGCUACGUAGUUAAAAAUAUAAGCACGGUUCAUACAGAUGUAAAUACAUACGACAGUACUUAGUAUCAGCACAUACAUACAAACAGAAUCCUGCCAGGAUCUAUCUAUUUAUCGGUUUUGAGAUACAGCUAUCAGCGUAUUACUCCAGAUAACGCAGGAGUUACGUGUUUGUGUCCAUAUACCCAGAUACGCACACACGCACGGCGGGGUGCAUACCUUCGGGAGCGGCUGUGCACGAGCACAUAUUUGCGCUCACAUUUCUGGUCCUCAGCUCUGUCGCCUGCACAUAUUGCCAAGAGGAAACCGAACCGCGGGUGGGCCACCUGCCAGCCCGGCCCGCACCCUCCCCUCUCUUCUGGAGACGUCGGCGGCUCCCGGCCAGGCGCCGGUGGGUGCCGUGCGGCCGCCAUGCCCGGCUCGAGGGGAACAGAUCUCCGCGGGAGGAAUCGAAUCCCCACGCGUGAAGAGCGUCCCGGCUACCGGGGGAGCGGAGAGGCGGCGCGGCCCCCCUCCGCCCUCGAGUUUAAUUCGGACACUGCCCUUGGACCCGUGCUGCCACUCCGAGGGGCGGCUCCGCGCUCACCCGCACUCCCGAGGCUGCUUCUGGACCUGGGCCGCCGCCCCGCGCCCGCCGGGAUGUCACUUCGGAGUCUGCCUUUUGUUCCCCGCUACCUCUCGCUUCCAGGGAUACGGGCGGCUCCCCGCUGGCUCGGGGAGGGGCGAGCAGUUGCAAAGAUAUCUCAUUUAAAAACGACAAUGGAGUCCUUUCGACCAGCCCGGGUGGUGCCCGAGCUUUAUUUUCGGGCUGGGGGAAGGGAAUUGUUUGCUUUGCUUUUGUUUUCGCAGCAAAACUCGAGGGCAAGUUACAGGAGGGUUGCGAGCGGCCCCUGCCCGUCCCCAUGGCCUCGAGGUACCGGGCAGGGCCACCCUGCGCAUCUCCGCAGGCACAGCGCCUUCGGGCGCAUCCACCAGAAGCUCCCUGGCUCUCAGUGGCUCCGAGAAGCCGAGGCAUUGCCCCCCAAAUCCUACCCUGCUCUCCAGUCUGUGCCUUGCUCUGAGGUCUCCUGGACGCUUUAAUUCGGAAGGAAGGUGCCAGCUGGCUCGCUAUGCCCUUGCCUCGGCUUUUUAAAAUAUUUAUUUAUUCAUUUAUUUAUUUUACUGCAUCCCCGUUGCUGGGGCUCCACCGCCGCUGGGAGGUUCCCAGCCGUACCAGGGAGCGCAGGGCCGGCCCGGAGCCCGCGGGCCUCCGGGCGGAGUCGACCCGCAGCAGUCCCCGAUGGCCACCGCGGGAAGCGCAGUCCUGGCUGGGGCCGGAGUUCCUCCGCUCACCUGCCCUGUCGACUUCUGUUGCUGAAAUAUCCCAUAGAGACAACGGGCCGAGACAAUCGAAAGAAAGAAACGGGAUGGGGGUGGGGGGGUUGCUCAGUCGUCCUCGCAGGAGACUGUUGUCAUUACGUGAAUAUUGGGCCUUAUUUGUUAUGUGUUGCUCCAGAUCUAGAGGAAAGGACUUGCUUCUUCCAUGCUGCUGCAGCUCCUCUCCAACACCCACCCACAGAGGUAACAUGGCGUCUGAGCAGGGCUCUUCUCCCUCUCCCAGAAAGUAUCUAUCUGCAAUCAGUCUGGGACAAGAGGAGCUGUUGGAUUCUUUGCGCCUGCUCCAGGUGUUCCCUUUGAGUAGCACAAACAGUUCCAAGUUGUGCUCCUACCAAUUCACAGAAUCAUGGAGUAUCCCAGAUUGGAAGAGACCCAUAAGGAUCUCCAAGUCCAGAUCCUGGUUCUGCAUAUACAGAAGAUACUCACUCAGAAACUGACUGUUGUGAAUUCCUCUUCCCCAUCUGCUUCACACACUUGAGCCUGUGGUCUAUGAGCUGUGCUCCUCUCCCUCCCUAUGGAGACAGCCUGGUUGCUCUAUGCUGGUACAGCCUCGAUGCUUCAUGUAGCUACAGCCUGAUUGCCCAUGUUGGUACAGCCUGUUUGCCCCAUGUUCUUUGAGUGCAGAAAGUGAAUCUGCCAUGCCAUUGCAGCUGAGGGGCUCAAAGGUAGAGCUGUGAUGGGUCAGUGAGCUGAGCUCUGCUAAGGUUGGACUGACCAAACUGCUUGCUGUAAAAGGCAGCUGGUUUUACUUCUCACAUCAGCCUUAAAAUCAAUGUUACACUUGAGUUUUAAAUAAACUACAACUCAGACUGC